CGUCAAUCUUUAUCCAUCAAAUCCUUCGAGCUAUUGUCCUGUUGUUUAUCUUCCAACUUCCCAUCUUAAAAUUCUUUUUUCUUAUUCUGUGUUGCUCGGGAGUUGCUCAUCGACAUCCGAUAGACCACCAGUCGAGCCGCAGCACCGGUGAAGGCUAAUAUUGCCCCCCGAGCUAAACCGAUCAGACCCUGCCGCCUAAGAGGCCGCCGUCAUGUCUUUGGGAGAUGUAUUCGGCGUCUUGCUUGAGGAGUAUAUGCCCUCAAUCAUUCUUGCUGCUGUUGCCGUACUUCUGAUCAUUCGCCAACGUCUUGCCAUUCAACUCGAUCCAAGAGAGCCUCCUAUCUUAAAGCCGAGGAUCCCAUAUAUUGGACACAUCAUUGGCUUGUCAAGAUAUCAUGGCGCCUAUUUUGAUAAGCUUUAUGCUCGGAAACCAAUGCCCAUUGCAACCUUGCCGAUGCUCAAUGGCAAGCUCUAUGUGAUCACCGAUCCAGUCAUGGCUCAGAAUGCCUUUCGGCACAAAAACUUAUCCUUUGACCCCUUCACUCUAGAGUUCGCCCAGCGGAUGCUCGGAGUUUCGGAUGAGACGAUGGUUCCAGUGAGCUUUGCCGGUGACGAGAAGAAUCCAAGCUUCCUCUCGGAAUUUGUCAAGGAGAUUCAUAACGCUAUGUCUGGGCAAUAUCUCCACAAAAUGAAUGCAGAUGCUCUCAACGGUGUGGCGGUAUCUAUUAAUGGUCUCGGGAAGACAUUUGAGACUGAGAGUUUGUUUUAUUGGCUGAGGAAAACGAUGACAGUUGCUACCGCCGACGCCCUUUUCGGAUCUCACAAUCCAGUGAAGAGCGAUUCUGAUUUGGUACAGGCACUAUGGGACUUUGAAGGCAGCAUGCUGGGGUUACUUCUCAACAUAUACCCCUCCAUUAUCUUUCCCAAAGCUUAUGAAGGUCGAGCCAAGCUCCAGACCGCCCUCAUCAAGUACUACACUGCCAAGCAUGAUCUCGAGCCAGAUGUGUCUCAGAUGGCGAAGAACAGAGCAGCUUUGUAUAGGAGAAAGGGCAUCUCCGAUACUGAUAUUGGAAAGUUCGAACUAGCUCUCCUCAAUGUGUCCACAGCCAACGCUAUUCCAACCCUAUUUUGGCAACUCUGCUUUAUUUCUGCUGAUCCAAACACCACAGCAACCAUUCGCAAAGAGUUGGAAUCUAUGAUUAGCAUUACCACACUUGACAACGGGAAACGCGAGGCUACCAUCGACAUCACCAAAUUCGAUGUUCACUGCCCAGUCCUUGUAUCUUCCUAUCGUGAAACCAUCCGUCUUGCCAAUGCCCAAAUAGGUGCCAGACGAGCCAUGGAAGACACUAUCCUCACAGACGGCAAAACCGAAUAUCUCCUCCGCGCAGGUUGUGAUAUUCAACUUCCAGCAGGUAUUCCACAUAUGUCCAAGGCAGCAUGGGGACCUGAUGCCUCCUCCUUCAACGCAAAGCGCUUCUUAUCGCCUGAAGACAAAGGUGAAACGAGUGCCAAAGCUCGGAGCGAAGAUAGAGAGCAGAAGAAGAACUACAUUCCCUUUGGUGGAGGAAUUUCGCUUUUGCGGAGAUCUUGGGUGCCGUGGCAGCUUUGUCAAUGGGUUUCGAUGUUAGAAGUAGUGAUGGAGGAUUGAUCGAGGUUCCCGUCUUGGGGAGGGCCAAGAUUGGAGAGGGUAUUUGCAAGCCAACUGGAGAAGGCCUUUUGAUGGGCUCUAAGAUCACAAGGAGAGAUGGUUGGGAAGAUGUGAUCUGGAAAUUUACUUGUUGAUUGCAAUUAGAUAUGAUUCUUGGUAGCUCUAAGCUACUGUAAAGUGGGCAAGAAGGUGUAUGCAAUAUCAAAACCACUACUUCAGUAUCAUCCUUUUGAGAGCAAUAUAUUUCUGAUGG